AUGUCGUCUCCGACCCCACCAAACUUUUCUGCAGUUUCAAUCGAGGAUCAAGUCGGCAGAGAUAAAAUAUUGCCAGUGAGACAGACGGUCGACUGUGAUGGCUACCAAGAACCUGUCUGGGUGACCGCAGGAUAUUCGGAUGACACACCCAUUCUUGUUCGAGCCGAGUACCAUAACGGCCUCAAGGCGAUUCUGGAAUGGAGAACAAAUUGCUUGAGAGCAGGGCAAGGCUUGUCAGUGCAAAUCUUGAUCAACCGCGAUAGUCAUUUCGAAGAAAAUUUGGCCAAAGAUCUUCCUUAUCCAAGUCCCUUUCAGGGUGACCAGGAGCCACCGAAGUCUAAGAUGUGGCUAUCCGUUGUCGGAAUGCCUGGAAUAGGCAAAUCACACUUUCUCUUAUAUAUCUGGAAUCUACGACGAGCGGGGAAGCUCCCCACUCUCUAUAUCGCUGGCAAGACCGACAUACGCUUGUUUGUCAACGGUCAAGAGUAUUCCGGUACCACCGCGAUGUGGCGCGUACCACUCUACGACCGUCACCUUUCCGGCGGAUGGUGUCUAAUCGAUUCCAACGAGGAACAGGACCCUCUCCCACGAAAUCUGCUGGAAUCAUCGUUGUUUGUAAUCCAGGCAGCAUCGCCUAGAGAGAAACAUUUCUCCGAACGAAAAAAACGCUCCGGGAUCAAAGGUUACUACUACAUGAAGGAGUGGACCGUCAAGGAGCUCCUUUUAGGGUAUUUACAUGAACCAAUUGACUCUUCGCUCUCGGACUCAUUCAAGACCAUUCCUUUUAGGCGUCAUUUCCAAUCAUUCGAGCAAUCACCCAACUAUUUGAAGUAUUUUUUUGCCUUACUUGGUGGCUCCGCUCGUGAAGCUUUUAGCUCUGAGUUUCUUUCACCUGACGACUGUUACCAGAAAAUGAAAGAAGAUCUUCAGAAUUUGGAGGAUUCAAAACUCCGUGACAUAUGGAGCUCGAAGUUUAACGCACAUACCAUGACAAACAGUAUUGAGGAAGGCAUUUCUCAUAAAUUCUUUUCAGUUUUCCCGUACGACGAUGAUAUCAGGUCUAAAGCCGCGGUUCGAACUCCAUCUGACAAGAUAUUGGACAUGAUUAUCACAGAGUACGACCGUCGAUUCCACCAGAAAAAAGUCGACAUUUUCUCGCAAUACCUAAUUGCAGCAGGUGUUGGAUCGAGAUCGAUGGCAGCGGAACUCUAUGAUACGCAUUUUCAUGAGUACCUUCUCCGCCUUGUCAAUGCUGGGUCCGUCCAGCCACACAAAAAACCCGGGAAUGGUCGACAUCAGAUUCUUUAUCGACAUUGGCAAUGCCCGGUUUAA